GAAGCUAAAUUUAUGAUUUGACAAAGUGGCAUGGCAAAUGUCAGAAGAAAAAUAAAAUUUCUAACCUUAAUGAUGCUCUGCCGUUUGUUGUACAUGGGCGAAAAUUUGUUAUGAAAAUAUGGGAGAUAACGAGCUAUCGAAAGCAUUGAAGGACCUUCCCUACAGAGUGCAAACUGCUAGUUUAAAGGAACGGAAAGAAGUCGUGGAAAAUGUUAUUAAUGUAUUGUCAAAUCCUGGUGUCAGCAUAAAUGUGGUCAGAGGGAUUUGUAAAGUUAUUCAACUUACACUACCAAGAUAUAGGGACAGUUCUUCUCAACAACUUGUGAGAAAUUUGAUUGUGGCUCUAAUAGAACAUCAUCCAGAAUAUGCUAUCAGAGGAUUAUGCGGAAUUUUGCUCGAUAUAGCUAAAUUACACAAAAAUUUAGUAGUAACUUCAAAUACAUGCCAGACUGGUUUAUAUGCUCUUCAUUGGUCAUGUAUAUUACUCACAAAUGGGUUUAAGCAAAAUGAGCAAGUACUUCUGGAACAUAUUCCUCAAAUUGUAGAAAUACAAUCAGUGUUAUAUUCCAAUGUUGAGGCAGGAAAUAACACAAAAAGAUCUAAUAAAGCCUUCAAUUUGAUUAAUUCUGCCUUUGAAAAAAUACCAGAAAGCGAAAAACUGUAUUUGGAAACAAUGAAAAAAUUAGAACAAAGUCCUUCUAUUGUGGUAUUUGCUGCGGCAAUUGCUAAAAGAUUAUCCCUUAUUAAAAACACUGCUCUUUUCGAAAACUAUGUGGACAGCAUUUUAGACUCAUACAUAAAGAAUUUCAUUAGUUGCAAAACUAAACCUUCUAUAGAACUGAUAUCAGCUUGCUGUCCAAUUUUUUUCUCAAUCACUGAUGAACAUUUCAAAAAAUCCUUGCUACCUGCUAUUCAAAAAGCCAUGUUGAGAAGUCCAGAGAUAUUGAUAGAGUGCAUGCCGAUGAUUAUAAAAAAUGCCAGUGUUAAAUUAGAUCUGAGUGAGCAUGCAAUGGGGCUGGGUGAAAGUUUAAUAGCAAAUUUAUAUUCUAAAAACGACCAAGCUAGAGAAGAUGCAGCCAAUUCCCUUCAAGCACUCGCUUUGGGUAUCACCCAAGCUAAUGCUAUUGAAAGUCUCAUAAAGAGAAUUUUCUCUAUUUUUGAAGGCUCACAAGGAAAGUUAACAGUGGUUGAUCAUAAAAUAAGUGUAUUAGAGGGAGCUGGGAAACUUAGUAUCUGCCAUACUAAGUUAGACAAGGAAAGUAUGCAAGCUUUAAUUCCAAAAGUAAUUGACCAUUUCAUAAAGGUCUUAUCCCUCGAAGUUGCUGAAAAAACUGUUUGUCACUGUCUAGAAAUGUUGUCCUUGUGGACAUCAAAAUUAGAGGCAGAACCUUCAAAGAAAUUAAUUGAUGCUAUAAAGGCUGGAUUUACUGCCAAAACAGCUACACCACUGAUCAGAACAACUUACCUCAAACUGAUAUUGAGGAGCAAAUUUUCACCCUCAAAAGAAUUGAUCCCAGUCAUUCUGAAAUCGGUAGAAAAUGCAGUGAACCAAUCGUCCCAAGUACAGUCUGUCACAGAAGGAUUGAGUGCUGUAUGCGUUCUCCUGAAUGUUGUCAGCCUCAGUAAUGACAAAGAAAAUGGUUUCCAUAAUAUGUGGCAUGCUGUUCUCGAUAUGGAUAAGCAAGUUUUUGUUUCUGAGAAAUUUUUAUCUAGCGCCACAUCAGACGGUUUGGUUCUUGUGAUGGAACUUUGUGAGAAACUUCUUCUUAACUAUCCAGACAAACUAGGGGAUAAAACUUCACCCUUGUAUAAGGCUGUAAUAUUUUGUGUUACUUCGGGUACUUCCCAUGUGAGGAGAACCUGUUUUCCAAUUUUGAAAAGUAUGGUUAAUGACGACGAUAAAGGUUCCUCACUGGCUAGAGCUCUAUUCCAUGAAUUCACUGUGUUUUUAGAUUCACCAGCAGUUAAAAAUACUUUAGAAAGGAGACUGAAAGAACAGACUGAUUCCACUGACAUAUCGCCCCAUGCGCUGGUUGAAUGCAUUUCCACUUUAUGUUCUUCAACCAAGCUAUCAGUUGAACAUAAGGAAUUGUUAGCUUUGGAUGCUCUUUUGCCUUGUAAUCAUCCUGUUGUGACCUCUGCAGCACCGGGAUUAUGGUUGAAGGUGGUUAAGCAUUUAGGAAUUCAACCUAAGGAUUUGGUCGCGAAAUACAAUGCUCAGUUUAAGCAUGAUCUCAUUGAAAACUACCAUACUUCCUCUGCUAAACAAUAUGCUCUAGCAAGUAUAGUGCAAAUAAGCCCAGAAAAAAUUUUACCACCCUUGAUAGAAACGGUAAUAAAUCAUUUGCAAGACCCUAGGAUCUGCCAAAUAAGUAAGGACGAUUAUUUCACAUUUUUGACGCCAGAAGGGGAACUUUACGAUAAAACUGUAAUUCCAGGAGAUGAUUCCAACAAAGAAAUAAACAUGAAAAGGGAGAGUAAAGUUUAUAGCUACAAGGAACAGUUAGAGGAGCUUCAACUAAGACGUGAGCUUGAAGAGAAAAAGAGGAAAGAGGGCAAAGUUCAGGCUCCAAAAUACACCCAAAAGCAGUUAGAAGCAAUUAAUAACCAAAAAGCUAAGGAACAAGCUAUAAGAGCGCGUUUAUCUGAAGUGAAUACGAUCAUUAUAAAUUCAGUUUCAAUGAUCAAAGCUGCAGCUAUGGGGAAUCCGACGGAAGUAUCUUUGUACCUCAAAACACUUCUGCCUGUUCUCAUCAAAGAUCUGCAGAGCCCUUUGGCGGCUCCUUAUCUUUCCAAAUUAUUUACAGACCUUAGAUGCGUUGUUUUUCCACAAAGUGACACCUCUGGGGAAAUAAUUGCUUUUAUAACAUUGAGGUUAUUGAAACCUCAGUGCGACCUUGAUGCCAACUGGGAAGAGGAAGAUCUCAAUAAAGCAAUGUUAAGAACUAUGAAUCUUAUAUAUGAAAAGACGGUCAAAAAGAAAACUGAAGAGAAGAAACUCACGUUGUUGAGUGCACCUGCAUUCUGCUACACCUUCCCAUUCUUGAGGAGCAGUUUCCUAUCAGAUUAUGCCAAGAAACAUGAAGAAUUUAUGUUGACCGGGGUGCAAAUCAUUGCUGAACAUUCCAAGUUACGUGGGGGCUUGGCUGAUACAUUUGUAACGGACUAUUCUAUACCCAGGGAUGUUUCUAAUGGGAGCUUGAGUAAAAAUAGGCAAUGUUCGAAAGAUGUCUAUCAUCCUAGGUAUUUACCUAGUGAGCAGAUGUUCGAAUUGUUGAUCCAUAUUAUUAAUCAAACUUCUGGAAGGGUGCAAUCGCAAGCUGAAGCCUGUUUACUCGAUGUCGCCAAGUGUUUGAGCGGUAAGGCAGACUGUGCAGAAGCUUCUAAAGCAGAAAUAGAUGUUCUAUUGGAAGCUCUACAACGGCCAGAAGGUGUUGUCAGAGAUGCUGCUUUGCGCGCUUUAACAAUCAUCAUUGACUGCUUACCAACGUUUGAGUCAGAUCCUGAGUAUGCCCUCAAAAUGAAUAAAAGGAUAUGGAUAGCUAAAUUUGACGAGAUGGCAGAAAAUUGUGUUUUAGCGGACGAACUGUGGAAACUCGCUGAAAUGACUUUUCCCACUGAAUUAUCUGACGAGUUGCUAAUUGAUGUUGAAAACUGCGUGAAGCCUGUUCAGGCUGCUGCUGCAAAAGCUCUUGCAGCUCUCCUAGAAAUGAAUAAAAUGCAAGUUCAACCGACCUUAGAAGCCCUUCUCAAACUGUACCAAGAAAAAUUGGAGAUGAUUCCCCCAAUAUUAGAUGAAUUUGGAAGAGAGAUCGAGAAAGCAAUUGAUACAUGGCAACCUAGGAGGGGCGUAGCUUUAGCUAUAAAUGAGAUAGCACCGUUAAUAACACCUGAACAAAUAGGGGACAUAAUUGAAUUUUUUGUUAACUCUUCACUUAGAGAUAGAAAUGAAACUGUAAGGACUGAAAUGCUUAAUGCAGCUUUAAAACUGGUAGAUCUACAUGGGAAGGAAACUGUAGGUACUUUGUGGCCAGUUUUCGAUAAAUUUAUGGGAACUUCAUCAAAAUCGGCUCAUUUUGAUGCUGUGAAACAGGCUGUUGUGAUAUUGAUGGGCUCUUUAGCUCGUCAUUUAGAUGAAGAUGAUCCCAGGAUUAAACCUAUUGUUAUGAGAUUAAUCCAAGCCCUAUCAACGCCUUCCCAAUUUGUACAAGAAGCAGUUGCGAAAUGUUUGCCCUAUCUUUGUGCUUCAGUGAAAGAAGAAGCCCCAGGUUUAAUCAACAAACUUCUUCAUCAAUUGCUUAAAGGUGAUAAAUACGGAGAAAGGAAAGGAGCAGCUUAUGGUUUAGCUGGUAUGAUCAAAGGGAUGGGAAUUUUGGCUUUGAAACAGCACGAAAUUAUGACCAAACUCACUGAUGCCAUCCAGGACAAGAAAAAUUACAAAUUCAGAGAAGGAGCCCUUUUUGCUUUUGAGAUGCUGUUUCAAAUGCUUGGAAAAUUAUUCGAACCUUACAUCGUCCAUGUCUUACCUCAUUUGCUGCAGUGUUUCGGAGAUUCUAGUCAGCAUGUACGCACAGCUGCAGAUGACACCGCCAAAGUUAUUAUGAGUAAACUUUCCGGGCACGGAGUCAAACUUAUCCUGCCCUCCCUUUUAGAUGCACUUAAUGAAGAUUCUUGGAGGACUAAAACUGGUUCGGUGGAGUUAUUGGGAGCUAUGGCUUACUGUGCACCUAAGCAGCUAUCGUCCUGCUUACCGAGUAUUGUUCCAAAGUUAAUAGAAGUUCUCAGUGAUUCCCACAUGAAAGUACAAGAAGCUGGUGCCGACGCGCUGAAAGUUAUUGGUUCUGUCAUUCGCAAUCCAGAAAUUCAAGCAAUUGUGCCAGUCCUAUUGAAGGCGCUUCAGGACCCAUCGAAUAAGACAUCUGCGUGUCUUCAGACAUUGUUAGAUACGAAGUUCGUCCAUUUCAUCGACGCUCCAUCUCUAGCUCUCAUUAUGCCCGUCGUACAGAGGGCAUUCAUGGAUCGUUCGACCGAAACCCGUAAGAUGGCAGCGCAAAUCAUCGGGAACAUGUAUUCACUAACGGAUCAAAAGGAUCUUCUACCGUAUCUACCGAACAUCAUACCCGGUCUGAAAACUUCUUUGCUUGAUCCAGUCCCAGAGGUUAGGAGCGUUAGCGCCCGCGCUUUGGGUGCCAUGGUUAAAGGUAUGGGAGAAACGAGUUUUGAGGAUCUUUUACCUUGGUUGAUGCAGACGUUAACCUCCGAAUCUAGUUCUGUGGAUCGUUCAGGAGCGGCUCAAGGUCUUUCGGAGGUUGUCGGUGGUUUGGGCGUUGAAAAAUUGCACAAACUUAUGCCUGAGAUUAUAAGUACGGCGGAAAGAAGUGACAUCGCGCCACACGUCAAGGAUGGAUACAUUAUGAUGUUUAUUUAUAUGCCUGUAGUAUUCACUAACGAGUUUACUCCUUAUAUUGGUCAAAUUAUCACACCGAUAUUGAAGGCUCUAGCUGAUGAAAAUGAAUAUGUACGAGAUACUGCUCUAAAGGCUGGCCAGAGGAUAGUAACGUUGUAUGCGGAUUCAGCAAUUUUACUCUUGCUGCCGGAGUUGGAGAAAGGAUUGUUCGACGAGAACUGGAGGAUCAGAUACAGUUCCGUUCAACUCUUGGGCGACCUGCUCUAUCGAAUUUCUGGUGUAACCGGUAAGAUGAGCACGGAAACGGCAAGCGAAGACGACAAUUUUGGUACCGAACAAUCCCACUACGCAAUCAUAAAUUCCCUCGGUGAAGAAAGACGUAACAAAGUGUUGGCAGGUCUCUACAUGGGUAGGUCAGAUGUUGCUCUGAUGGUACGGCAGGCGGCGUUGCACGUCUGGAAGGUAGUAGUUACCAACACUCCGAGAACGUUGAGGGAAAUAUUGCCAACCUUAUUCGGAUUACUGUUAGGUUGCUUAGCUAGCGAUAGCUAUGAUAAACGACAAGUUGCAGCCAGAACGCUGGGGGAUCUGGUGAGGAAACUAGGGGAAAGGGUCCUGCCGGAGAUAAUUCCCAUAUUAGAAAAGGGAUUACAGUCGGAUGAACCCGAUCAAAGACAGGGUGUUUGCAUCGGUCUGUCUGAAAUAAUGUCUUCAACUUCCAAAGACAUGGUUCUGACCUUCGUGAAUUCUUUGGUACCCACUGUAAGGAAGGCUCUAUGCGAUCCACUCCCCGAGGUCAGGCAGGCUGCAGCCAGGACGUUUGAUUCCCUACAUUCAACCGUUGGCGCAAAAGCUCUAGACGAUAUACUUCCAACUAUGCUGAAUCAGUUGAACGACGAUGAUCCUGAUACUGUUGAAUGGACUCUGGAUGGUCUACGACAAGUGAUGGCCAUCAAAUCCAGGGUGGUUUUGCCUUAUCUGGUACCUCAGCUAACUGCGCCUCCUACUAACACCAAGGCCCUCUCGAUUUUAGCAUCCGUAGCAGGAGAAUCACUGAAUAAGUAUCUCCCUAGAAUACUUCCAGCCUUACAAGUAGCACUGUCUUCCUCUCGAGGAACCCCAGAGGAAGCUCAGCAAAUGGAAUACUGCCAGGCAGUGGUUUUGUCAAUUGUGGACGAGUCUGGUGUUAGAAUUGUUAUAGACACAAUGCUGGAGAACACGAAGAACGAAGAUCCAAAUCACAGAAGGGCGGCAGCCACCCUUUUGUGCGCUUUUUGUGCCAACUCCAAGGCUCAGUAUCAAAUGCAUGUUCCGCAGCUGUUGAGAGGAUUGAUCCUGCUCUGCACCGAUGAUGAUCAAGAAGUACUGAAGAUGGCAUUUGAGGCGUUGAAUGCCAUCACGAAGAAUUUGGACUCUAAACAGCUGCCCACGUACGUUCAGGACGUACGCCAAGCUGUGCGAUACGCGAUGUCGGAUCUGAAGGGCAAAUCGGACGUCCUCCCAGGUUUCUGCCUGCCGAAGGGUAUAUCCCCCAUUCUUCCCAUAUUCCGGGAGGCCAUUCUAAACGGCGACAAUGACGAGAAGGAGCUGGCUACUCAGACCUUAGGGGAGGUGAUACGGGUGACGAGUAGUCAGGCCCUGCAACAGAACGUUAUAGCUAUCACCGGACCCCUCAUCAGGAUUCUGGGGGAUCGUUUCACGCCGAACAUCAAGAUGGCUGUGCUCGAAACACUGUCAGUGUUAUUGGAAAAGGUUGGAAUCUUGAUGAAACAGUUUUUGCCGCAACUGCAAACUACAUUUAUUAAAUCUAUGAACGACCCCAGCAGAGCGGUGAGAAUGAAGUCGGCAAAUGCCUUGAGUCAUCUGAUCAGGAUACAUUUGAAGCCUGAUCCCCUGUUCACCGAAAUUCAUAAUCUAGUUCAGAGAACCGACGACUCAGCUAUAAGAGAAACGGCUUUAUAUGCUUUGAGAGGCGUCAUCUCCAAUGGUGGGGACAAAAUGGCGGAUAGUGUAAGGAAGCAACUAUUGGACACCUUGCGUCAAGUGGAUAAUCUUUGGAGAUACGAUAAUGUUUCCAGAGUUUGUGCAGCUGGCUGUCUUGGGGUAUUAUGUCAGUGGCUUAACACAGAUGAGCUGAACCAGAUUUUGACACAAGAAAUCCUAUGUGAAGAUAAAGACUCUCCUAUCGAUCAGCACACAGCAGCUUUGGUUCUGUCUGUUAUAAUGAAGGAAUCACCUGGAAAAGUAUGGGAAACCUACCAGGCUCAAAUAACAGCACAGUUACUUUAUUUCUUAGGUCAUAAGGAGUCUCAAGUUGUUAUUGUGGCAAUAAGAACUUGGGGCUAUCUUUUUAAGUAUUUAGUGCUGAAUAGUUUAGUCUUACCACAAAAUCUUCUUUCUGCAUUAGUCAGGAUUGUAAACAGAGCAGAUAAUGAUGUGAAACAGCAUUUUGCCAGAGUAUGUAUGUUCCUUGCUAAGAACGUACCCACUGAAACGUGGACAGAUGAUCUACUCAAAUAUGUGCUUCCAACAUUGGUGAACGGAACUAAAGAGAAGAAUAUGUAUGUUAAGGCAAAUUCCGAAAUAGCUCUUAUUGCUAUUUUGAAACUGAGAGAGGGUACUGCCAUUCAAACAAAAUGCUUAAAAGUACUGGAUGAGGGCGCUAGGGAGUCUCUGAAUGAUGUAGUAGUGAAAGUUCUGAGAAAAGUUGCACUGCAGCCUGAAGGAAAGGAAGAAGAACUUGAUGAAACAUUACUAACUUGAUCAUUUGGGUACCUACUUCAUAUUCAAUUACAUAAACUAAUUCAACAUAAAUUUGAAUUUCCAAUAUCAUAUAGUAGAAAUUUGUGUUCUGAUUUGUAUUAUAUGAAGUAUUUAAUGAAGUUACUUUUUGGAACUAAUUUGGUUCUUGAAGUUCGCCAACUUAUUGUGAAAAUAAAGUUUUUGUUACAUGUA